UAAGGAAGCAGUGGCCUGUAUCUUGGCCAGCUUGAGCCUCUCCUGCAAAGUCUUCAGCACACUGAGCAGCGACCAAACCAGGAUGGCGCCUGACGCUGAGGUUCUUCAACCGGUACCACAACCAUUCACGGGCGCCGCAUUCCCGCAACCGCGCCACGAGUCAAACUCGCCUUUGAGGUUGUUUCGGCGCCAGGGCUGCCCUAAUUUGACUCUGCUGUGCCCAGGUGGAGGCUGCUGCGACUACAACAACCCGUGCUGUGGCGCUCUGUGCUGUGCCAGUGGCUAUGUCUGCUCUGGAAGUGCACCAGAUGGCUCCCCAUGCUGUGUUGCAAUUGGCGCAGUGACGAACCAAUGUUUGGGGUCCUCCACAUCGGUACGUGGCGACCUCCUCGCUUUUCGGGUGAGCUGGGCUAUACUGACCGAUGCCCUCCAAAAUACCUCUCUCUGGAACAGCCGUGUGGAAGUUUGUCGGGUUAUGUGCCAUGCACAAACUACAGCUUUUGUUGUCCACUUGGAUCAUCCUGCUAUCUUGACGUCUUUGGCACUCCGUCUUGCUCGGCGCUAUACUUAUUCGUCAACCACGUCCACUCGUACCGCUUCCACGUCGUCGUCGCGCUCUGCAUCUGCAACACCAAGCAGCUCCACAGGGCCUUUUAAUGGACCUGGACAGGGAUUCAGCCCGUCAUCUGAGACCCUCUCCCCCGCUGCAAUCGGCGGAAUCGCUGCUGGCUGCGCCGUGGUCGGACUUGUAUUGCUCGGUGUCAUCAUCUGGUACUUCUGUUGUCGCCCCCCGCCGACUUCGACAUCUACACGAUCGAGAACUCCGACUGGAUCUACUACAGGACCUGGUGAUCAAUCUGCACACACCGGGUCUGGAGGAACUACAGCUGUUCCGACAAGGAAAGAUCCCCUCACUCCUUACUACGAUUCCAUAGCGGUCAGUGACAACGAGAUCCGAGUGCUGGUGGUCCAUCCAGGUGGCAAGCACGAUCCAAUCGAAUGCACGCUGCGCAGAACCAAAGUAGCCAGGACUGCCCCUGGCUUUAUUCAUUAUGAGGCCUUAUCGUAUGUAUGGGCUCAGGAACCGGAUAUUCUCUACACCGGAGCCGAGGGUCGUGUUCCUCUCGAUGGCCACUGCUUUGUGAGGUUUGGCGACGAGGGUGAAAGGAUGAAGUUCGAGGCGUUCGGACAGAAUCUGGAAAUGGCGAUCCGACACCUUCGACGCCCCGUCGGUGACAGGGUGAUCUGGACCGACUCGAUCUGCAUCAAUCAGAAGUCAAAACCUGAGAAGGCCAGACAGAUCCCGCUGAUGCGUCAAGUGUACGAGAAUGCAGACAGGGUCGUUGCCUGGCUCUCUGAGGACGAGACUGACGUGCAAGAUCUGGUCGAUAAGAGCCGCUGGAUGACCGAGUCCCUCGUCGGAAAGGGAUCCGCCGCAAUCAUUGAUUGGCUCGGCAGGAAUGACGAAGUCGCUGACGGCAGAUUGUGGAUGAUGCUCAACGAUGACCAACGAUUCUCCUUGAGCCGCAUCGUGAGGCUGCCCUUCUGGACAAGGAGAUGGAUCCUCCAGGAGAUCACCCUGGCCCAAGUUCUUGUCGUGCAGAUCGGCAACCUCGAGGUAUCCUGGAAGGACGUGUCUGGGAUGAUUACCGACGUCAAUCCCGCCCAGCACCAGGACACGGAUGAUUUCAGCAUUGCCGUAGAUCUUGCGGGGCCCUCUGUCGACCCGUGGCACAACGCUAUGGGCUCACUCCACGAGGUUCGACACCGGUUCAAGAUCAUGCAGUGGCUGCGGCAACGAUACCGAGCACGCCAUGAGCGUGGUGGGAUCCGCCUGCUUCGCCUGAUGCAAGGGCUCACCAGCUGGAACUGCCUAGUCCCGGCCGACAGGAUAUCUGCACUCAUAGGACUCGUCUCCUCUCAGGACCGCGAUGCCAACAACCCCAAACUCACCUUGCAGCCCAUCGCCGACGCAUUGCGGGGUCUGGACGGCGGCGAAACCGACGCUGCCAAGCAGCACGCAAAGGACAUACGCGAGACUUACAACGACCUCCUCUCGAACCCGCCCGAUAUCGAUGGGCUCCAGUCAUACUGUGGCAUGGUUGAAGUGUGCGGGCGCUUCGUCGAGAACGAGGCGCUGUUACACGGCCGCCUGGACGCCCUGAAUGCCUGCGACAUCGGCAACCCGUGGCCUCACCUGCCCUCGUGGAUCCCCAACUUCUGCUCCGUCAGGGUGAGGCACUCCAUCAUCGAGCACAUCCCCCGCCCUGGUAACGAGCUUGUCGACUCUGCCUCGCCAACCUUCCACGCCACCCGCGACGAGCGUCCUCGCGUUGUCCAGCGCUUCCAGAGGACCGAGCCGAGCACCACGCCCCGUAUAUCACGCGCUCGCACGUCCUCGUAG